AAUUAAAUGUAUAUUAGUCUUUCAUCUUAGAAUAAGACUUGGUGGACUCAUACUUCAUUGGUACCAACAGAAACUCAUAAUAAAGUGUCUUAAGUAAUAAAUGGAGUUAACAGCUUCCAAAAUAAAGCAUCAUUAAUAUCUACUUAUUUAAGUUUGGAAGCAGUUAAUAGGAUUCCAGUUGCAAAGAAAUUAGCAAUUUAUUUUAAAGCAGCUAUCGUAGGUGUCACAUAUUUUGGAUCAAGGUAAAUGGAAAUGAGUAUAAUAUUAGAAUUGCAGCAGGAUCAAUUUAUUAAUAAAACAUAAAAUCUGAAAUUAGUCAAUUAAUGGAUGGUGCACCAAUUUGGGAAAACAAAUUUGAUGUUCCUGAAUUAGAUAAGAAAUUCUUUUUCAUUGAUGAUGAUAAUAAUUUCGAACCCUCUUUAUGGCAUCAUGGAAUGUAUGAAUUAUUUAAUUAUAAAAGCAACUCAAUCGAGAAGCCUAAGCUAUUCUACAAGCAUGAGUGAUUUUAAUCAUUUAAU